AUGGCGGAUAUUCCAAGUUCAGAAGGCCAUAUUCCUUUUGACAUUCCCGGGAAAAGCGACACUCCUGGGUCGACCUAUUACAAAGUGUUCGGAGAUCUUACGAGUGGGGAGACGCCACUGGUGAUGCUUCAUGGCGGCCCUGGCGGCGCUCAUGAAUACUUGCUGCCUUUCGCAAAGCUCUGGCCACAAUAUGGUAUCCCGGUUAUCUUCUACGACCAAGUCGGCUGCGGCCGUUCAACUCAUCUUCGCGACAUGGCCGGAAACAAGGAAUUUUGGCAAGAGUCCUUGUUCGUCGCUGAGCUGAACAACCUGGUAGACCAUUUCAAGCUGCACGACGGCCCCGGAUUCCAUCUCUUGGGCCAGAGCUGGGGCGGGAUUCUUGCUGUCGCCUUUGCUGCUACUCGGCCUCGUGGCCUGCAAAGGCUGGUACUGGCCAGUGCGCUCGCCAGCAUUGAGCUCUCCAUCAAAAGCAUCCACUUGUGUAAGGAGGCUCUUCCAGCGGAUGUGCAAAAGGUCAUCGAUGAAGGUAGAGCGAAAGGGGAGACCGAUACCCCAGCUUAUAAGGAAGCCUCCGGGGUCUUUACAAAGACUUUUGUGAGUCGUGCUCCAACUAUGGCGCCAGAGUUGAUGGCGGCUUUCAAAACCAUGAGCGAGGACACUACAGUCUAUGAUACUAUGUAUGGCCCAUCUCUAUUUGACUGUAUCGGGACUCUGGUCGGUUGGACAGGCAUAUCGCGUCUUCCACAGAUCACUGCCGACACUCUAGUCUACAAUGGAGAGUUUGAUACGUCACAUGACAUAGCACAGGAGCCAUUCUUCGAACUCAUUCCGCGAGUGCGAUGGAUCACGUUUCCAAAUGGAAGCCACUUUUGCCACUUGGAUGAGGGCGGACUUCGGGAACGAGUUUUGAAAGUAGUAGGGAGAUUUUUGACGCACCACAGGGUAGACAAGAAGGCGACUGCAUAG